CUAUAUAAUCGCGGGUCUCGGCUGGACCGUCACACUCACUCCACGUCCUUCCUCACUCCCUCCGUAAUCGAGGCCAUGGCGACUAAACAGCUCCUGAUCCUGGGCGUGCUUGUAGCAGCCAUUGCAGCGGCGCCGCAGUUCCCCAUUGACGACGAAACGCCCAUUCCUCACGACUUCGCAUACGGCGUCGAAGUCUCGGACACAGGAGAUGCGAAGGAACACAAGCAGACUGUAUCUCCUUCAGGAAGAACCGAAGGCGAAUACCGAUGGCUUCAGCCCAACGGUCUGUACACCGUCGUCAGGUACUACGUGGACGGAGACUCCGGAUUCCAGGCCGAGGUGAGCGAGGAACCUGGACCGGCCGUCGGAAACUACUACACCAACUCCCUCAGCCGAGAGAGUUCCUCGGGAGCCGCGUCCGCCUCGUCUCAGAGUUUCGCUCGCAGCUUCGACUCCCAGCAAUCGAGUCUCGGGAGGAACGUCAACGUGAUCAGCGCCCCCAGACCCGCCCCCAGACCUACCCAGGCCACUUUUAGACCCGCCCCCAGACCCAGCCAGGCCUCCUUCAGACCCGCCCCUCGACCCACCUUCAACGCAGGGUUCAACACGCAGACGCAGCAGACUUUCGGAGUGAUCGACGGAGGUUUCAUUGACGGAGGCAUCAUCGACGGAGGAAUAAUCGACGGAGGAAUCAUCGACGGUGGCAUUAUCGAUGGAGGAAUCAUCAACCCCGAAUUCGACGACGAUUCCUUCGAAAACACGGCCGUAAUUCUUGCAAAUAACAACAGGUUCCGUGGAUAAACAAAACAAAAAAAAGAAAAACAUCGCCAUUUAUACGAAACUUUCACCUCCUUUUCGCAAGAUAGUGUAGUGAUUACUGAUUAGCAGACAGCAAGAGGUAAAUAUUAACUCAAGACAAAAUCUCACAAUGGUGAUAUUCUCUCUAUAUAUUUGUUCUAUAAUUCUGCCUUGUGGUCUGUAAGUAUUGUUUACCAUAAAUAUUUAUUGUGAUUUCUAUAGCUGUACAAUCGGCAAUCACUACUCUGUAUCGAGAUGGAGUAUAUGUACCUUUCUCUAUUAUGCAUAAUUUUUGUAUGCCUGUGUCGUUUACAAUAAACCACAAAAGAU